UGGAGCAUCGGGCUGGCGGCCGCGCCCGGCUGCCUGCCGGACUGGCGCAUGCUGGCGCUGUUCGGCGCGGGGGCCGUGCUGAUGCGGGGGGCCGGCUGCACCAUCAACGACAUGUGGGACCGCGACUAUGACAGACAGGUUGCAAGGACAGCAAGCAGACCCCUGGCAGCUGGAGACAUCUCCACUUUUCAGUCCUUGGUUUUUCUCGGGGGACAGCUCAGCCUGGCGCUCUGUGUGCUUCUGUGUCUGAAUUACUACAGUAUCAUUCUAGGAGCAGCCUCUUUAUCCCUUGUGAUCACCUAUCCUCUGAUGAAGAGAAUAACAUACUGGCCACAGCUAGUUUUGGGACUUACUUUUAAUUGGGGAGCCCUUCUUGGCUGGUCUGCCAUCAAAGGGUCGUGUGAGUGGUCUGUGUGUUUGCCCUUGUACUUUGCUGGAGUCAUGUGGACACUGGUGUACGACACCAUUUAUGCACAUCAGGAUAAGAGGGACGACAUCAUGAUUGGUGUGAAGUCAACUGCCCUGCAUUUCAAGGAGGACACCAAGCAGUGGCUCAGUGGCUUCAGCCUGGCCAUGCUCCUGAGUUUGUGCAUGGCAGGGGUGAAUUGCAACCAAACCUUCCCAUAUUACUCAGCUGUGGCUGCUGUGGGGGCUCACCUGGCACACCAGAUCUACACUUUGGACAUAGACAAGCCUGAAGACUGUUGGAAAAAAUUUGCUUCGAACCGUACUGUAGGAAUUCUGCUCUUCAUAGGGAUUGUGUUUGGAAAUCUGUGGAAGCAAAGAGACUUAAAAAAUGUAGAAGAGCCUUCAGAGAACAGAUAGUUGAAAUCACUAUACUGAUAUUUUAGUCUAACUGAAGUGUAAGUAUUGUAAGAAGGAAAAGACUUUUAAUACAAAUAUAGUUGCUUUGUAAUGUUUAUUUAUAAAAGGUGGUGGAAACAUUCUUGUUUCUCAAAUCAUGCAAUUGAGAUAAUUCUACAAGAGAAGCUUUGGUUAUCUGGGAAU